CAGAACAUCAAUGUGUUCUCAAGAAAAUCCAAAUGGAAUUCGAGCUGCUUGUGUUUCUGAUCAUAUUCUGCAGAAUUGGAAAUACUAGACUCAGUGUGGAAAAUCAUAAAAUCUGGUUGCAACAAAUCCUAAAUAAAUGCGAUUUAACAACUCAACCCCAAUGUUCAUUAGACUGUUCAACCAUAUUGGUAUGCGAAAGUGGAAAUGAAACUCCAGUUAAAACCAUUGAAUGUCAAUAUAAUACACCCUUUUGUGAUAACGGCAUGUGUAAAUCAAUUCCUGGAAGUUGCUCUUUGCAUCGAGCUUUAACGAAAUCAAAUUUUCUAUGUACUGCAACUGGUGUUUUUCCAGAUCCAUCAGAUUGCAGUAAGUACCACCAUUGUUCCGGAGCUGGCACACCAAGCACAGUAUUCGAGUGUCCCACUCGCACUGUAUACAAUUCUAAGACUAAAUUGUGUCAAAGGGUUAUACAUAAAUAUGGCCAUGCAUCACGCAAGUUAUGCGAGAAAGUUGACUGUGACUACAAGAGAAAUGAAUUUGUAAAAUUUCCACCGAACCCAGCAUUUUAUGCUCUGUGUUCCACAUCAAGUGGCAACAAAAAAAUAUUCAUGUACAAAUGUGCCAACGAAGAAACUUACAUUUUUGAUUCGAUUAGAAGAGACUGUAUAUUUACUUGCCCAUCAGCUGGAUAUUUUACGGAUUCUUAUGAUUGUAACGGAUACUACAUUUGUGAAGGUUUUCAUACAUUUACUGUUAGACGAUUAAAAUGCCCUCCAGAAUUUUUCUUCAAUGGCACUGCUUGUGUCAACAGCACUAAACAUUGCCACUCAGAGUUCGCUCAUGUUUCUACUACACCAUCCUCACCGACGCAAAUACAUACGACAGAAACCAGUCCGGAUGGAGGUGCCAGCAGUACGGAUGGACUUACUAGCAGUACGGAUGGACUUACUAGCAGUACGGAUGGUAGUAUCAGCAGUACGGAUGGCGGUAUCAGCAGUACGGAUGGCGGUAUCAGCAGUACGGAUGGCGGUAUCAGCAGUACGGAUGGCGGUAUCAGCAGUACGGAUGGCGGUAUCAGCAGUACGGAUGGCGGUAUCAGCAGUACGGAUGGCGGUAUCAGCAGUACGGAUGGCGGUAUCAGCAGUACGGAUGGCGGUACUAGUAGUACGGAUGGCGGUAUGAGCACUACUGAUGCUAAUGCAAGUACUUCUAAUGCCGGUACAAAUACCGAAAUAAAUGAGACCAUCAACGAAACUAAUGCAAUGCCAUCUUCAACUGCUUCUUCACUGUUUACGACUGAAGACGCUACAGAUUCGGAAACAAAUGAGGCCUCGAAUGAAAAUAAUGCAAUGCCAUCGUCUACUGCAUCUUCACUGUUUACGACAGAAGACACUACCGACUCCGAAGCAAGUCAGUCCCCAAGUGAAAAUAAUGCAAUGCCAUCGUCUCCUGCAUCAUCACUGUUUACGACAGAAGGCACUACCGAUUUCGAAACAAGUCAGGCCCCGAAUGAAAAUAAUGCGAUGCCAUCGUCUACUGCAUCUUCACUGUUCACGACAGAAGAGACUACCGACUCCGAAACUAGUCAGGCCUCGAACGAAAAUAAUGCAAUGCCAUCGUCUACUGCAUCUUCACUGUUUACGACAGAAGACGCUACCGACUCCGAAACAAAUCAGGCCUCGAAUGAAAAUAAUGCAAUGCCAUCGUCUACUGCAUCUUCACUGUUUACGACAGAAGACGCUACCGACUCCGAAACGAAUCAGGCCUCGAACGAAAAUAAUGCAAUGCCAUCGUCUACUGCAUCUUCACUGUUUACGACAGAAGACGCUACCGACUCCGAAACAAAUCAGGCCUCGAAUGAAAAUAAUGCAAUGCCUUCGUCGACUGCAUCUUCACUGUUUACGACAGAAGACGAUUCCGACAUGAAUAAGCCUUCCCAUGAAAAUAAUGCAAUGCCAUCAUCUACUGCAUCGUCACUAUUUACGGUGGAAGAUGCUGACGAUUCCGACAUAAAUGAGGCAUCCAAUGAAAAUAAUGCUAUGCCAUCCUCUAGUGCAUCUUCACUAUUUACGACAGAAGACUCAGAUUAUUUCGACAUAAAAGAAGCAACGGAUGAAAAUGAUGCAAUGCCAUUCUCAACUGUUUCUUCAAUAUACACAACAGACAGUACUCGUGAUUCCGACUGCCCUGUGGCUUCCAUAAAUGAAACUGCUGCAAUGUCAGAUGUCAGCGAUGAUGCUGAAAGUCAGGCCACAACGCCAACGUCGGAACUUGUAAGUCCUCCAGAAUCUCAAAUUGAUACUGUUGUAGCACAUUACGCUACUAUACUGUUUAUACCGUGUCCGAUUUAUCUUGACGAUUUUGACGAUGAAAUUUGCUCCCAAGUUGGAGGAUAUUUAAAUUUCGAUGAUAGAGACAAGAAUUAAUGAAAUUGAAACCUAGACGAACUGCAGCGAUCAGCAGUUAAAUCUAUUUAAUUAAACCUGAACGAGAAGGUGUGGCAUUUAUUUUUGUAGAGGGAAACAUUUAAAGAAAAGUAAGACUGGAAAAUAAAUUUUCAUAACCUGACGAUAUUCAA